UGUAGUUUUCUUGAGAGAUCUGGCAACACUUAUUUGUAAGUUUACAUUUAACGAUUUAGCAGUAUCUUUUCAGCUGGCAAGAUGGCAUCAGUAUUAAGACAUUCUACCAAAUUCAGCUCAUCUGGAUUUGUGUCACUGUUGUCUGGAAACAGCUGUCAUGGGAGAAUCUGUGCUCUGCCACACGUUGUAUCGAACAGAUAUUCAUCAUCCUCAAACAUUAAAGUGGACCUGGACAGUAGUAAUGGUGUUGCCAUAAUGCAUUUCCAAAAUCCUCCUGUCAACAGCCUCAGUCUUGACUUUUUGACUGAGUUUGCUAUUAAUUUAGAAAAAUUUGAGCUGGACAGAAGCUGCAGAGGUGUGAUCAUAACAUCUGCCCAGCCUAAGGUGUUUUCUGCAGGGUUAGAUAUUUUGGAAAUGUAUAAAACGAGCCCAGAGCACUGUGCAGAAUUCUGGAAGGCGUUACAGGAGGUGUGGCUUAAACUUUAUGGAUCAACCAAGGCCAAGAUCGCUGCUAUCAAUGGCUCAAGUCCCGCAGGUGGUUGUUUGUUGGCUUUGUGUUGUGACUAUAGGAUCAUGGCUGAUAAUCCCCGCUAUAACAUCGGCCUCAAUGAAACAAAGCUUGGUAUGGUUGCACCUUUUUGGUUGAAGGACUCCAUGACAAAUGUUGUGGGCCAAAGAGAAACCGAGAAGGGUCUUCAGCUUGGUUUACUGUACCCUGCUCCUGAAGCCCUGAAGAUUGGUUUGGUGGAUGAGCUUGUUCCUGAGGAUAAAGUUCUUAGUGCAGCCACUGAGACCAUGAAAAAAUGGUUGGCAAUCCCAGAUCAUGCCCGUCAGAUAACUAAGUCCAUGAUGAGAAAACCUACAAUAGAUAAACUUCUUGCAAACCGAGAACCUGACAUCACAAACUUUGUCAGUUUCAUCACCAAAGACUCCAUCCAGAAAUCUCUUGGUGCAUACAUGGAGAUGCUGAAGAAGAGGUCUUAAGGAGCAAACGUGCCUGACAUUGCCUUUAUGGGGGGUAUCAGUGUCACUGUUUGUCACAUUACCC